AUGUUAGAAACAAUCUAUGAAGUUGAUGAAGAAAUUCAUACCAAUGAAGAUUCUUCAAAAUCUUCUAAUACGCAAUCACAAUUGUCGGUAUAUAUGUGUUGGUGUAUGCUUACUGGUUGUUUUAUAAUACUUACAUUUAUUAUCAUGAUUUCUUUAAAUCCUCAAUAUUUAGUAAAUAACUCAACUAAUAAUAAUACACUUGAGAAAAUCAAUAGUUCAUUUCAUUCGGAAGAAAAAUUCGAAAUAUCAUCGGAAAUUAUUAACUAUCUUAGUAUCUUUUCGCAUCAGAUUAAUAAACAACUUGACCUUCAAUUAAAUCCCGUUAUAUUUUUAACAUUGCCUAUUUCAAAUUUAUCAUUAGAUGAAUUUGUUGAGCAAGAUAAAUUACUUUGGGUUUAUGGAUAUUUAAAUUAUUCUCAAUCGUGUACGGAUAAUAAUAAAAAUAAGAAUUGUAAAGAAAUUUAUUUUUCGAAAUUUAAAACAAUUUUUAUGAAAUUAUCCAAUUUCAUAAAUACAAUCAAAUUAAAUACUCUUCAAAAUAAACGAAUCCAGUAUGAUUGGUGUAAUCUAAGAGAAAAUUCCAAAACUGUAACAUUCGCAUCAGUAGUAUCGAUAACUACUAUCGGUAAAAAUGUAACUGAAACACCUACGUCAUUCGAUCAUUCUAUCUGUGAUGAUCCAAAUCAAAAUAUUCUUCUAGCAAAAUCCUUUGAAUAUCUAAUGUCUCAUGAAGAUUUAAUAAUAAUCAAUUCAGGUUCCAACAAUUCCGAUAAUCAACAAGUAUCAUCUACGUCUGAUCCUAAUUCUAAUAAUAACAUUACCGAUGAACAAAUAGCAUAUAUUACUCCAUCAGACUGUGUAAAAUCUAGUGGCGACGAUAAUAAUCAAAAUAAGGACACUACUUAUUGUCCAAAUGAUACCGGUUCACAAUAUCAUCUUAUGUGGAAUUCAUAUUAA